AUGAGCAAACACUUUGAUGAAGAAACUCUCAUAAGUCUCAAAUAUACACAUGAUCAGGGAACCAGAUGCAAGAGGUGUCAUCAGCAGCUAAAGGAUAAUACAACGUGGUGGAAGAGAACCGAAAGCUAUAUAACAUGGUCCAAGAUCUUAAAGGUAGGAAAUAGUCAACACAAGAAAAGAUGUCUCGUUGAUUCUGUGGAUUCAUCAAAGCAACAGAAAGAUGCGAGGAAAACGUUUCAGUUUAAUCAAGUAUUUGGUCCAACAGCAACAUCAAAGGCUGUGAGCAUGAUGUCUUCAGAGAAACACAACCACUACUCAAUCAGAUCAGUGAUGGAUGGAUCAGGGAGGAGUGGUCCUCCAGGCAGAUCAGCUACUGAAAUGGGAAUUAACUAUCUAGCUCUCAGCGUCUCUUUCUGA